UUCGCUUAUCUCACAGAGAUAAACCGUUGUAGGUACACUCACCUGUGCGGCGGGUACUGUUUUACUCGUAUUUUAUUAUUUGUCCACUAGCGAACCUAAACUAAUAUGAAAGACAAACUUCGUGAAAAAUGAGUGUGCAGAAAUACGGAACGGAAUACUUGAGAAGUUAUCCCGGCUUACUUAAAGUCUGUGAACAGGUGUUGAACAUCAGCGUAAUCAUAGCAGGAUCAAUUUGUGGAUUUUUAUUUAAAACGAUCCUUCUCAACUUCAACGCUAUAUAUGCUUUAUGUACCACCUUAUUCUUCCUUAUUGUACAUUACAAAGCGUUGUUUACAAAAUCGACUUUUCCGUGGGACUGGAUAGAAUGCGCCAACAGUCUGGCAGUCGCUGUCGUUUAUGCACUAGGUGCAUCAAUUACGCUCUCUGAAUUGUCCAAGGAAUAUAUAGUUGCAGGAAUCAUUGGAUACAUCACUGCAAUGGCGUAUGUGUUGGAAACAAUCGACGGCUUCAAGCUAGCUGUCACUCCUAGAGCAAGAUACGUGUGGACUACACCAAAUAUGCCAGAGUGAAAUACAACUUAUCAUUUUAUUCAGUAAUUUAUUUAAUUAAUAAAUAUUUUUAAGACAA